AAAGAAGUAAGGAUAUUGCAUGGAACCAUUGUGCAGUCGUUGAUCCUUCAGAAACGAAACAUCUACGAUGUAAUUAUUGUGGUAAAGAUUAUUGGGGUGGCGUUACGAGAAUGAAACAUCAUCUUGCCGGAAUACGUAAUGAGUGUACGGUUUGUGAGAAGGAGAUGAAGUAAAGGAAAUAUUUGCUAAAUUGUUAAGUAGCAAAAAAACGAAGAAUGAGGCAAAUAAUCUUGAAGUUUUGGAUGAAGAAAUAGUCGAAGAUGUUGGCAAAGAAAGAGGAGGAUUACAUCCAUUUUUCUAUAAAAAGGAGCCUACAUUGAAACAAGCAACGAUGAAUGUAGCACUGAAAGAUAGAGAGUCAGUGAUUCGUGACAUAUGUAGAUGCAUAUAUGGUAAUGCUCUACCUUUCAACUUGGUGAGAAGCCCCUUAUUUACUCAAAUGUUGAAGUCGGUUGGGGAAUAUGGUAAAGGUUUGAAGCCUCCUUCUUAUCAUGAGGUAAGAUUUUCUUACCUUAGGGAUGAAGUUGAACAUGUCAAAAUCUCCAUGGAGAAAUAUACAGAUGAAUGGAAAAGAUGGGGAUGCACAUUGAUGUGUGAUGGUUGGACCGACGGAAAAUAUCGAUCAAUCACUAAUUUUCUAGUCAAUAGUCCAAGUGGGACGGUAUUUUUGAAAUCCAUCGACACUAGUAAUGAGAUCAAUGAUGGUCAAAAAAUGUUUGAGUUAUUGGAUAAGACGAUUGUAGAAAUUGGGGUUGAAAAUGUUGUUCAAGUUGUAACUGAUGGUGCUUCUAAUCUUGUGUCUGCCGGGGAGAAGUUGGAAGAGAAGUACAAGAGUUUAUGUUGGUCUCCUUGUGCUGCCCAUUGCCUUGACUUGGUGCUUGAAGAUAUUGGAAAAAUUCCGAUCUUCCAUUCCACCAUUACAAACGCCAAAAGGAUCACCACUUACAUAUAUAGACAUCAAUGGGUUCUAAGAUUGUUCAGAGACUAUUCUAAAGGAAGGGAAUUAGCAAGACCGGCCGUAACAAGGUUUGCAACUUCUUUUCUUACUUUAAGCUGCAUCUUGAAUCAAAAAAGUGCUCUUAAGUCCAUGUUCGUUUCGGAAGUAUGGACUUCAAGUUCUUAUGCUCGUAAGCAUGAUGGUAAAGAAGUAGUGGACCUUGUUUCGUGCAAUGCCAAAUUUUGGAGUUCUAUCAAAUAUUGUUUGCGAUGUGUGAGUCCAAUUGUUAAAGUAUUGAGGCUUGUAGAUGGUGACUCAAAACCAGCAAUGCCAUAUAUUUAUGAAGCAAUGGAUAGAGCCAAAGAUCAAAUAGCUCAAAACUUCAAUAAUGUGAAGUCGAGGUAUAAGAAGAUAUGGGAAAUAAUUGAUCUCCGUUGGAACCGGCAACUUCAUAGACCACUUCAUGCGGCGGCAUAUUAUCUUAAUCCUAAGUUUCAUUAUGCUGAGGGGUUCGAGCCAAAUAGUGACGUCAUAUAUGGUUUGCAUAAAACCAUUGAGAUGAUGAUUGCGGAUGAUACCAGGACAAGAAUUUUGAUUGAUUCACAACUUGAGAAAUUCAAAAGAGCGGACGGGCUAUUUGGAUUAAAAAUGGCCAAGGAAACAAGGGACAAAAAACAGCCUAGUAUUUUUUUCUUAUGGUUUUACUUUUAAAAAAUGUAGCUUUUUAAUUAAAUAUUACUAUA